CGAACCAGGACAGCGAUAGUCCUGUUGCGAAACGAGUACCUUGAUCGUUGAAAUUUCGUCAUUACUGUAAAAGUCAUCUUCCGUUAGGUCUGAUCAGGAACGCGGAGUUUCACAAAGGCUUUUAUUUUCGCUGUAAAAUGAGCGACAGCGACGUAAAAUCCACAAGGCCAUUCAAACAGCGGAAAAGUUUUGUCAGUCGGAGAGAUGAAGUUGCCGGAAUCCGAGCCAAGUUCCCGUCAAAAAUUCCUGUUAUAGUCGAGAGAUAUCACAAAGAAAAGGAUUUGCCGCUACUCGAUAAGACAAAAUUUCUCGUUCCUCAAGAGCUAACUAUGAGCCAAUUCGUGACAAUCAUUAGGAAUCGCAUGUCAUUAUCAUCAACACAAGCUUUCUACCUCAUUGUAAACAACAAAAGUUUAGCAAGCAUGUCUAUGACAAUGGCAGAAGUUUACAAGGAAGAGAAGGAUGAAGAUGGAUUCCUGUACAUGGUUUACGCUUCUCAAGAAAUGUUUGGCUCAUGACAAGCAUAAAGUGAGAAAAGGAUACUAAUACAGACAUAAUGUCACUGGAGAACAUUUCCUUUUUAGAAAAAACAGUUCAGAAAUAGGAGAGGAUUGAACAUUUAAGUCCAGAAUCAUCGCCUUAGAUAAACGUAAAAUUGUGAAGAGUCUCAUGUAUUGUGUAUGUAUCCUUCAACAUCAGAAAGUUUUAUCAGUAUUCUAAAGGGUUCAAUUUGUUAGUUAGCACCAUAUCUUGUGAUAAUCUGUAGAUAAAACAGAGGUUUUUUGUUAACUGUUGUGAUAAAUAGUGAUUAAUCUUCUUUGGUUGUCCUCCAGCAGGUGUGUAGUGAUUAGAUAGUAGAUAUGUAACUUUGAAUCUCUCAGCAAUUUUCAUGAUAUUUUGCUAAAUUUGAUAAAAAAAAAAAAUUGGAAAGAAAUCAAUUGGAUGAUGUUUUAUCAACAAACAUUCCAUGCAGAUGUGAAGAUAAUUCCCAUGGCAAUGUCAUGAUAUAUUAGGUGGUGCUAAUUUUCUACUAGAUUUGAUCUUGGUCAUUUUGUCAGUGUUGGUAGUGUGGAAAAGAGCAAAUAUGUUCCAAUGUGUCAUGCUGGGGAGAUGAUCUAUUUUUAUCUCCUUCACUUAUGUGAAAGUUCUAAGGGGAAUUUCAUACAGUAUCUAUACAAUUUCAAUUAUUGAGAUGAUACAGAACUAAAUUUUUUUCUGAUCAUAAACAGAUUUCAAAAUCUGCCAAAAUGAGAACUUGCCCAUUUUUCCUUCCCCACAAUGUCCUAAGUCAACACUUGCGUCCUCGGCAGUUUUACCAAUGUGUUUAUUUCUUGCCUCAAGUCAGGUUAACAAAGUAAAGGUGAAGUCAAGAGACAUUAACUUUUCCUUCAUUCAUGGUAUUAAGAAAGGAUAUAUCAUUAAAUGUCAUUACCUAGAUAUGCUAGGAGUUAUUUAAAUUUAUUUCUAAUUUAAAUGUGUAGCAUAUAAGAAGGUUAUAAAGAUUAUGCGAAUGAAAUCUAACUUAAGCUCUUAUUAAGUAGUAGUAACAUUCAACUGAUUACAGGGGUUUCCAAAAAAGCCAGUUGCUAAUGGUUUACCACUGUUUAUGAGACCUCUAGCUGCUGUAUGUUAUCCUGCAAGCAGACUCAUAUUUGGGUUUUGCCUUACAGCCCCCUUUCCAGUCAUUAAGCUCUCUUUUCCACCAUAAGCAGCCAUUUAUGGAAAGAAAUCAUUGAAACCCUUGUGAUUAUGAUAAUUAUUAGGCUUUUAGUUUUACAAAAUCUUAAAGAAGAAAUUUUAAAUGUAUUUAAAUUUCUGGUGUGUAUGGUUUGAGAGUUGAUAUUAUAAUGUGUGAGUUUGGUUUUCAUAUGUAGAAAUAAUUAAGUAUGUAGUUCUUGUGAUGGAUUGGGCAAGAAUACUUGUGUUUCGUGAAUUUUUCUGGCAUGUUUUGCCUGGAAUUAAUGUAACUCUCAGAUUAUUUGGGAAUAAUAUUCAAGUAGAAUUGCACCUACACACCAAUGCUGGUUUUACAGUGUAACUUAAGAAAAUGCUUUCUUUUUCUUACAAACAUCUCAUCACCUUGAUUUAAAAGGGAAGUUUGUGAGGUAUUAACCAGAAAUAUAUAAUAUACAUUACACUUACCAAGAAAAAAUUAACAUAUGAUUUAUCAUCCCCAAUUUUGUUGUUUCAUGUGUGCAUGCAGAAGCUAAACUUUUAAUUGAAUGUAUCUUGCAUGUUAGACUUCUCAGCUUUUGAAUUUCUGACUUCACUCAAGUAAUGGGCAAAUUGUUGAUCAUUAACACAUUAUGACAAUAGGCCAAUUUGCAGUUGUGUACUUAGUCACCAAGCCUUUGAUUUGGAGUAAGGCUGAAGUUGACCAUAUUGUGAUAGAGACCAAUAUCUAGUUCACAUGAUAACAAAGUAUUUUUUAUCAAACCUGCUGCAUUUGAAAGGCAGCAAGGUUUGUAUCAUAACAGGGUCAACUUAGCCUCACUCCUGUUCAAAGGCUUGGCAACCAAGCACUCAGUUGUUAAAUGGACUACUGGGAGAUAGACUCACUGUUGGCUGGAAAAAAACGUCUUUUGUUUUUGUGUUUGUUUCUUCACUUGCUUGUUUUUGAACUCCAAGCACAUAGUGAGGUAAUUUGGGUUGCUGAUGGAAUUUUCCCUAAUAAAGUUUAUCUAUCAGAGUCUAAGUGGAGAAAGUUAAUGUAUUGUGAGUAAGAAAGUACUCUUGUUUUUAUAUGGUAUAGCACCAUUGUAUUAAAACCAUUCCAAAUCUUUAUCUUACUGUUAAGUUUUUGAUUUGAAAUGUCCUUUCAUUCUG